AUGUCUCCCGAUAACAACUCCUUUUCAUCUCCCAAAUUAGAAACUUCUUUCCCUAGUAAUAUUGAAUUUGAUAAUCAUCAUGAUAAUCACAAUUAUUUUAACGACCAUUCAGAAUUUUAUCUCGACAAUUUCGAUCAAAAUUUUACAAUGAAACAAGAUCAUUUAAUACCCUCAAAUUUAUCACCACUAAAAAAAUUCUCAAAUGUUCACACAAAUUCUUGCCCUCAAUUUAAUCUCAAUGAAAAAACUUUUCAUGAUUAUAACACUAAUGAUUUAACCAAUAACAAAUCUUUUACUUUGUAUUUGGAUCGAGAAAAAUCAAACAUCUCCAAAAUGAAUUCAAAUUUAUUACCACCUUUUCUUCAAAAGGGCGCCUCAAAUAUUCAGAAUUUGAAAAAUUCAAUGAAAAAUAAUUGUUCUAGAUCCAACUCUUCAUUAAAACUCAACAGAACUUUGACAUCAAGUACAAUUUCUUCAUCUGUAAUAGUCAAAAGAUCUGCUUCAAUUAAUUCCAUAAAUUCUGAAUUAAAAAGAUACAAUACAAUCGAAUAUCAAAGAAAACAAGAAAAUUAUAAAAGAUAUUUAGCCCAUUUAAGAAAUUCAGUCAAUGCUAAUAAUAAUAUCUCAUUUCCAAUUCACCUACAGAAAAAUUCAAAUGAUUUUCAUGUCCAAAAGAAUAAUUCAAUUUCACCUUCUUUACCUUGGAGAUAUGAUAAAAUAAUUAAUAAAAAAAAUUACAAAGUUCCUAAAUAUUCACAAAAUAAUUCAGAUAACAAUCAUAUAUCCCCAGACUCUUCAAGAACUGUCGUCAAAGAUACCCCAAUAAAUGAUAAGUUGAUUGAAACCCCAUUAUCUGAGAGUUUUCAUCAGGAAACAUUAAAUAGACUCAAAAAUUACAAUACAAUUGAAAUUGAUUUUUCAGAAGAAUCAAUGAAUUCAGUAGAGCUGCAUAGAGAAAACUCGAGCAUGGAAACAAGAAGACCUGACAGUUCUGUUAUACUGGAUAUGGAUCAAUUAAACCAGAAUUCACUGUUUGUAAUCGGUGCAAACGAAAUCAAUAAAAAAUCAAGUAAACUUGAUUCUAAUUCAAGUAUUUCUAGAAAUAAUAAUUUUAAUCUCGAUUCAAAUUCAAAAUUUCAACAGAACCAAAUUCAAAGUCCUCCAAUUUCUAAUGAUAGUAAAUUCUUUUCAGUACUAUCAUUUUCAAGAGAACAAGACGACACAGGCAGCAACCAUUUUAAUGAAGAUUCAGUUUUUGAAAAGAAAAGGAAGCUGAGCAAUUCAAAUUUAAGUGAAAAAAGCGAAAAAACUAAUUUUUUAAACUUCAAGUUUGGUGGUAGAACCUCCUUGAACAGUCUGGAUUUGAAAUCAAACUCCAAUUUGAAUGAUCAACUAUAUCCAAGUAAUGUAAACAUAUCCUUGAAAUCGCUAUUAUUCGACCUGCAUCAACCUGAUCUGAAAAAUUAG